GAGCGCCGCGUCCCAGCCGAGGGGCGCCCGGCGAGUCCCCGCGCGAGCGGAGAGUGUCGGAGGCAGAAGGAGCAGCAGCCGCAACAAAGUUCCCGGGGCUUCUCCGAGGCUGCUGUCCGGGUUGCCUGUUUGCCCGCCCCCUCCCUGCCUGGCGAAGGCAAUGGCUUCCAAACUCCUGCGCGCGGUCAUCCUUGGGCCGCCUGGCUCGGGCAAAGGCACCGUGUGCCAGAGGAUCGCUCAGAGCUUUGGCCUCCAACAUCUCUCCAGCGGCCACUUCUUGCGGGAGAACAUCAAAGCGAACACCGAUGUUGGUGAUAUGGCAAAGCAGUCCAUAGAGAAGGGUCUUUUGGUUCCCGAUCAUGUGAUCACACGCCUCAUGAUGUCGGAGCUGGAGAGUAGACGCGGCCAGCACUGGCUACUAGACGGUUUUCCUAGGACAUUAGUUCAGGCUGAAGCCCUGGACAAAAUCUGCGAGCUGGACCUAGUGAUCACUUUGAACAUCCCAUUUGAAACACUCAAAGAUCGUCUCAGCCGACGUUGGAUCCACCCCGCUAGUGGAAGGGUAUAUAACCUGGACUUCAAUCCACCCCAUGUACACGGGGUUGAUGACAUCACAGGCGAACCAUUAGUCCAGCAGGAGGACGAUAAACCUGAAGCUGUGGCGGCCAGGCUAAGACAGUACAAGGAUGUGGCAAAGCCAGUCAUUGAAUUAUACAAGAGCCGAGGAGUACUUCACCAAUUUUCUGGGACGGAGACUAACAAAAUCUGGCCCUACGUUUACACGCUUUUCUCGAACAAGAUCACGCCUAUUCAGUCCAAAGAAGCAUACUGAGCCUGCCUAGUGGAAGAACCAGGAAAAUGUCGUCCAUUCAGUUGUGUGUGUAGUAUCGGUGCCGUGUCCAAGGUAGAAGCUAGUGGGGAUAGCUCACAGCAUCUUUUCUAGUUUAAAUGGCGAACUGAAAUGAAAACGAAUGAGUAGAAAGCGUUCCUGAAGCGGCUCCUCUAUGCCUUUCUCGAGAAGGGUCACCAACACAUGCGUACGAUGCCUCUGCACGUCUCAAGCCCUUCCCAAGAAAACAAGCCCAGGCCAGGCUUCUGGCGGCAUCUAACCCCAACCUCUAGCUGAUCUCUGGCCCUCAUGUUGUUGCCGUAGUAGCCCUUUGGCGCGUGACGGUGUUGGCCUCUGGUGCCCUCCGUCUCCCGAAGGCUGUUGAACCACAGCGCCAGGCCGCCUUGUCCCGAGAUUUCUGGUAUGUGCCCUUCCUGGUGACUGUGCGCUUGAAGCCAGUUGCUUUUUGUGGUUGCUUCCCUGGCCUUGAGUGAUUGUCCAUGAUUUAUUUUUCCUGUUAGGAGUGAUAUCUUUUCUGCAUCCAUGCUCCAUAGAAUCUGUCCUUUGCAGACAUCCCUGGAAUGAAAGGAUUUGGUUUCCACUCUUUUUAUUAGACUGUAUAUAUUUUUUUUAGCCUCUGUUUUCUCCCAAGGCUAUGAAGCAAUACAGACAGGUACUGCUUUGAUCCCUCUCAGACCUGUUUCUAAGAGCUGAGAGCAGGGGGGGCUGUCAGAUCGCUUCCCACACCAGGAACUGGGCUCUGCCGAGGGCCUCCUUAAUGCUGCUGGGCUGACUCUCAUGGGUUGACACUGCCCUUUUUUCUUUUAUUGUGAAAAAAUAAAAUCCUCAGAGUCUUUGGGAGUCUUCAAAAAAAAAUGGGAGAUGCUUACCUACAUAAAUGUUAAAAGAUCGUAUCUUGUGUAUAGAAGUAAUAAGGCCACAUGAAAUUACUGCACUAAAAGAAUAGUUUAGUUUUUUCGUCAAGACAAAAAAAUGUAUUUUGAAAUGCUGCUAAAUAUUGAUGCUGACAGUGUUUUUCUCCUGUGAGUGACCCAAGCAUAUUAUAAAUAGUUGGUAAAGGGAAUGGAGCCUUUGGGUUGAGGAGAAAGUUGCACUAGCUGGGCCCGGAACUGAGUAGCACAGCUUUAUGAUUAUGGGAAAACAAAUUCUUAAAACUUUUUUUCUGUUCCAAAGAUGCUUUCUGUGGGGUGGCCAUUAAGUCUAGAAAUAUAGAUAAUACAGUUUUGUCAUUCUUUAUAAUGUACUAUCAAUAAACCAUUUAUUAAAGAUCUGCCUGGUUUCCAGACUUGGUGGCCACCUAUUGUAAUUCUUGCUCUCCUCUGGGAAGAACAAUGAAAUUUAUUCCUGUUGCCUUAAAAAUAACUACCCCUCUUUAUGAUUGUCCCUGAAGAAGGUCCUUUGCUAUUCCUGGGAGUGACUUCUGCCUAACUCUUCAUACUGGAGGGAAAAAAACCUACCCGUUUCUGCACGCCACUUGUGUUGUACCAUAUUAUUUAUUUUCUGAAGAUGUCCCAGUAGAUCCCUAGUCAGUCUGCAUCUUCUGUCCAGAUACUGCUCUUGCCGGUUCUUCUCCCUCUCUCCCUUCAUGUGACUAUUCUUUGACUGUCUUAGGUGAUCAGGGUGAAAAGAUACGGGUAAGGCUCAGGUGUCCUGGUGAUACAGGCAUAGAAAAAACAAGUCUGAAUAUGAGGAAAAUGGCACAACUUAGACUAUUGUUGCCAUGGAGACCCUUUCCACAAACUAGGGAAAGUAGAGAGUUAAGGUUAUUAGGUGGACAGUUCAAGAAAAGAAAGUGUGUGCCCUCCUAGAAGCAGACAGAUCUUCACAACUCUACCUUUAGUUCCCUUUUGAACAGACUCCCUUGGAGUUUUUGAGAGAAGUAUGGGGAAUGGCUGGACCCUGGUGGCAUGCUGUCAUUCUCCAUCCUUCCCUCCUCUCUGGCAAAAUAGACAGUUGUGGGCAGUGUUGGAGCCUCUGGGUGUCUCAGUGCGUUUUCUGUUUCUGAGGUGAUCCAGCAGUUGAGGGUCCUGUACUUGGUGAGACCAAAAACAGACAAACACCUUUUCCGUGAUCUUUGAAAGAUGAUACUUAUUUCAUGCUUAGUGGCCUAAAAUGUCUAUUUCUGAUUUUCUUCAACCAGCUCUCUAGUUUUUCGUCCAGUAAUUUUUGUAAAAAAUUAAAAUCUUCUUGCAGGUAUUUGGACAAAAGCAAAAAGGACAUCUUCUCUUGGUCUUCCUUCUAUUGACACACACAUGGUUCCUUCAGAGUUACACAAAAAGGAAGUAGUCAGGGUGUCUCUAAGAUUCCUACCUGUCCUCAUAUCCUGUGAUUCUAGUCAGCUGUGGAUUCAUUUUGUUUUCCAUUACCUGAACAGGCUUUCCCCUUAACUUAGAACUUGGAAACUUUGCCAUAUUUAAUAACUCUCUUAACACCAAGGCAGACAUAAAAUAAGUACCAUUUACUGAAGGCCUUUUGGGUGCUAGGUGUAGUUCUAGGACCUUAGCAAACAUCUCAAUUAAUCUUUCAAGCAUCCUCUGAGAUGGACGUGGUGCCAUGUUUAUAAACAAAGAAGGCAGGGGUCGGAGAUGUGAAGCAUCUUGGCUGGGCUCUUGCUGCCGAUAGCCAGUGCAGCCAGGACUUACGUGCAGGCUUCCCCAGCUCUGCAGCCCGAGUUGGCUCCGGAUGUUUACUCUGUCCUAUCCCAACCAAGCCAGGGUGCUGAGCCUGCUUGAUUCUGCUUGCAUUUCCAAGUGGCCUCACACGGAAGUAGCUGACGUGCCAUUCCGCUCUGUAUGUGACUGAUUCCUUUUUUUCCCCUUUGCUGAAGCAAAGGGAGCUGCUAGAGGAAGGUCCGAGGCCUUGAUAUUUUAUAACUACUCGUUUAUAAAGUGAACGGCUGUUGAAGAAGGCUUGGGUCCAGGCUAAUCUGUGGAGGAGUCAGGUUCAUGUCCCUCACCUACCAUUUUGGUGUCCAUGGGGUUAUACCCUGGAGGGGACCUUUACCCUUGAGCCCCACCCCCCCCAAGCUGUCAUGCUCUCUACUGUAGACCUGGGCUACUGGCAGCUCUCCCGAUGCUACUCACUUUUCUUCCCUGUUACUGGAACAAGUCACUCCCUUAUUCAUACCCCGAAUAAGGCUCUGAGGAUAAACUGAUCCUGCCUGAAGUGCUGGCGGGUCAACGGAAUGUGAUUGAGCUGCUGACAUAGAGCCACCCCGGAUUUUUGCACCGUCUUCCCUAUCUUGCAUUCCACACCAACCUGAUGCUGAGCGCCACAUUCACACCUUUGCCUGCCAUCUGCUGUGCUGGCUCCGGCAUUAGCCAGGGGAGACGGCUUCCUGUCUUCCCUGCCAUCCUCCAGCGGCCACGCUCGCAAGAGCUCCAGCCCCAGCUGUGCCCCUCUUUGCUAGGGAAGGUAAGGAGAGAGUAAAGGUAAGGAGAGAGUCAUGGAUGAGGGGGAUUCUUGGAAGAGGUACUGCUGUGGCUUCUUCCACCCCUUAAAUUGUUGUUGAGACAGGAUAGUUGUAGGAUAGACAGGAUAGAAGGGUGCCUGUGUGCAGUCGUAGAUAGGAUUGUAGAAAAUUCGGCUCACUGUCAACUGAUUUCAGUAUUUCACUGUAGCUGUCGAGCUGACUAAACACCUUGCCAGCUUCUGCUUGAGGUUGGCUUAAAUCAUAAAGACCACAAAUUUCUGAAUGUGUGAAGACAUAGCUGUUCUUAGUAGUGACUGUUGAGUGGUACUUCCUGCUCAGUACAUUAUAUGCAUUGUCUAAUUAAAUUCUCAGCAAUUACCCUACAUGACAGAUACUCAGUUAUCCUGUCUCCUUAUGUAAAAACCGAAGUCAUCCCAUUUACUUAAACUUGUGUUUUUCACGUACCUAUAGGGAUGAAUCAGGAAAUUCAAAAGGGCCCUUUGUGUACCUUUUUCUCCUUUGAGCACCCCAUUCUAAAAUGGGUAAAACAGUGUUAUUUGUCCCUGGAAUCUUUGCCUUUGGCACCCUGGGUCCUGGUGGUAGUCGCGCACUGUAUAUGCAGAGGGCACCCAUCUCAUUCGCAUUCUGCUGGGUUGCAGGAUCUCGGGAGACAUUCGUAUCUAUCUGGUGAAUUUCGCGUGUUACCUUUUAUUUAAAAGACAGUAUCUUUUCUUGCCACAGCAAAUUUUGCCAGGGAUGCAGUUCAUAAGGCCAAGUUGUGUUCUUGAUAUGAAUUGCUUUCCUUUCAGUUCCCCUGCAUUUUUAGUAACUAUCUUAUCCUUUGUAGUGUCUCAAAAGAAGAAUCUAGCAGUGGAGACUUUUUUUUUUUAAAACAGGAGUGUGGUCUGAUCCUAAGUUAUCAUCCCUUUCCACCUAUAACUGAUCCAGUCUGGUUUCUAGAUGAAAAGUGUGCAAGACCCAGAUGUUGGGAAACCAUGAAGCCACAUUUCAGCUGUGAAGAGAGAUCUGCUUCCUGCAGCUGUUGAGACGAACUCCCAUGACAGUUGUUCCUACACACCAUUCCUUAUCUUUUUUUCAACAAGUUGCACAAGUCUUGCCAAAAGAAAUGCCAUUAUCUGUGUGCUUCAGGGAAUCCCCCCAAUUGGAUCAGUGUGUGUAUGGGUCUGUGUGUGGGGGAGGGAGAGGUAGGGAGAGAGGGAGAUGGAGAGAUGGCAAACACCUCCAAAAGGAGGACAACCCUGGGAUGGCAUGGGUGUGCGUUCCUUCCUGGCAAUCAUCAGGCUAUUCCAGGAAACAGCGUCAUUCUGUGGACAUAAAAGGCUUUCUCUUUAAAACUUCACCGAGGAGCAUUGCACCUUGAGAUUCUCCCUGGGGUUGGUGUGUGUCUAAUUCCAUUUCAUAAAACCUUUCUUCGUUUUGAAACUGGCUGUAAAGUCGGAAAUGUACUAAAUAAAAGACUGUUUUGUAUUUAAUUUAGAGAAGAGUAAAGGGAAGAAAAAUAAACCUCAGUGCUUAUGUAAGCUUCAAGGUGUUAGGGCUCAGAGGGCUUUUCUAGUUUUAUGAGAAUUUGUACUACUGAUUUUUAUAUAUAUUCUUGUUUCUGAGAUGAACAGAUCUCCGGGGAAAUUGUUGCAUUACAAUGGCGUUUCACUGUGACUCCUCUGAAGCUCGUAUCUGUUCUCUAAGCCAAUGACAACGUGUCGCUUCGGUUUACUGUCCUGUGAAAAGUCCGCUCCAGUUUCCCACAAGAUGUGUGUUUACGAUGAGUCACUGCAUCUCCUCAGUGCGAAAGCUGUCAGCCCUCCUGAUUUGGGUGUAUGCGCUUAAUUCAGAGUUUCUAGACCUGUAGUCUAAUCUGUACAUGCUCUCCUAACUGUUAAAUUGUGUUAUUGACUAUUUUGAUUAUCUUGCUUGAAGAUUGAUUCCUCCUUUUUAAUUUGAGAGAAAUAAAGAUUUUUUCCUGCUUAUAA